AUGAAACGUGCUGGUCAAUUACCCUCGGGUGAUAAACAGUUGUCUCAAGAGGCCACUGAUGUUAACGAUGAUGUAAGCAGCGAAAUGUCGCCUCUAACAUCUCAACCAGAACAGGCGAAAAAGAAGAAAAAAGUAAAAUUCAGUGAAACUCUGAUUACUGAUCCGAAGAAAUCAAUAACCAACAGAGCGUUCAAAAGUAAUGUUAUAGUACGAAGGAAAGAAAGGAAAACACAGUGA